GGUUCAAUGUAAUCGGGACUCUGCGUUUCCAAAGCUGCAUCUCAUGGCAAAAGUUGAAUAUGCCCUUAAUUGUGAUGUGUGGUUUCCCAUGUAGUGGCAAAAGCCGCAGAACGAAAGAAUUAAAGGAAUACUUUCUAAGAUGUACCGAAAGAAAGGUGAUUGUUGUUGGGGAUGAAACUGUGGGAAUGGCCAAAAACACCGCAUAUGCAGACUCCCAAAUGGAAAAAAGUCUGAGGGCGUCUUUAAGAGCCGAAGUAGAGAGGACGGUCAAUAAAGAUGAUGUCAUCAUCUUGGACUCCAUGAAUUACAUUAAAGGUUACAGAUAUGAGCUGUUCUGCCUUAUCAAACAUGCUCAGACACCUCAUUGUCUGGUUUACUGUCUGACAUCACCGGAAAUGAGUUCCCAGUGGAACGCGAGCAGAGGCGCUGAGGAGCGGUAUGCCCAGGAAAUCUUGGAUGCGCUCGUGAUGAGGUUCGAGGCCCCAGACUCUCGGAACCGCUGGGACAGCCCCCUUUUCGCGGUCCAGCACGACGACAGUCUGCCGUUUGAAGCCAUUUCAGACGCAGUCUUGCACAGGAAGGCCCCGCCCCCGAAUCAGUCGACACAGAGUCAACCCCUGUCUUCCACAAACUUCUUGCAUGAGUUGGACAAAGUUACUCAAGACAUACUGACGGCUAUCCUAAACGCACAGAAGACAUGGGUGCCUGGAGAUGUGAUCGCAGUGCCUGCAGCUUCUGAAAGGGUGCAGGCAACCCGGAGCCUCAGCAUGGCAGAGCUGCGUAAGCUGCGGCGCCAGUUCAUCAGCUACUCCAAGAUGCAUCCGACUGAAGACAAGAGCCUGAUCGCCAACAUGUUCGUUCAGUACCUGAACAAAAGCACGUGCUGAUGACGCCCCCCAGUGGGCCGUAUUUAUGCUCCUUUUCAUUUACUGCCACUUCCCUUCGUUUUUCUGCCUUAUCCACAUGUGGGCUCCCUUAAAGGAUCAGUCUCUGUUUGUCAUGGAGUUCUUCUUAUACUGCAUCUCGAUUUUUGGCAGUUUUAUAAAUUACUUUCAGAUACAUUUACUCAUAUUAAAAUUAAGUGGCACAAAUAUGCAUAAUUCACAUUUGCCAAGUUUUGUGUCAGGUGUUUAUUUUAUUGGAUAAAUUAUUCAUUUUUUUAUGAUUUUAAAUCGCUCUAUUGCCUAUUGCUCUAUUGUAAAGUAUUAAAAGGUUGUUUGGAAUCUACCUGGUGUAAAAGCUCAUUAGACCUGCGGAAGUAUAAUGCACGUAGUUUCUCCAUGCCUAUAAUUAAAUAGGUUUCAUGAGGGUCUUUAGCCAGCAUAUUUUGAUAUACAUCAAAUUGCAGGCAGAUUACUGGGCUUAGCUCAGUUUAGAUGUACUGGGUUCAUGAUUCCCAAGACCUUUUAUGUACCCUGUGUGUCUAUCAUCGUACUUUUUUUGAAAACUCCCCCUCUUGACUGAUAGAGAAUCAAAAUGACUGAAGUGAAGUGUAUCUUGGGGGGGGCAUGAAGAAAGUUCACGCUCCAAAAGUUAAUGUUUUAUAAGAGAACUUCGAACUUAGUGAGACGUUUUGAAGUGAACUGAGUUAUUUUAUAUGCCAGAAACUACCAUCAGAAUACCUUCCUCUGUUUACUUAUGUAAUUUUUGUCCAAAGUGACUUACAAAUAAGGAUCAGAGAACAGGAUCAGACGGUGCCCCUGGUGCAGUUGGGAUUGAGGGCCACGCUCAACAGUAACAUAACUCUGCCAGUCAUGGGAUUUGAUCCAUUACCUUCGGUUUACAAGCAAUGAGCCAUACACCGGUCUUUUUAUUAGAAGAUAUUAAUUGGUUGAAUCCAGUCUGUAGACAAAGCAUUUAAUUUACUAGAUGUUUUAUUGAAAGCUAUAUACAACUGAGAAAGGAGGACAGUCAAUCACUGGAGCAAUUGGGAUUUAAGGGCCUUACUCGGGGCCCUUGCAGUGAAAUUACUCUGCUACCCCUGGGCUAUGAACCAGCAACCUUGCGGUCGCAGGCAUAGAAUCCUAACCCAUUGAAACACACAAUGCAUGUUUGUAUUUAGUUUGAAUAUAUCACUUGAUAUCUAAUAUAUCAUUUGAUAUAUAAUUGAUAUACUAUUAUGUUGUAGUAAUAUAUUGUACUUGUGCUGCAAUGGGCUGGAAUCCUUUGCAGUGCAUUUCCCUGCCUUGUGCUCUAUGCUGCCUGGGGCACUUUUUAAGUGGGGCGGUGGCGUUUCAUAGCAGAUUGAAACACAUUAUUCAGACAUGGUUGUAAAGUUGGCCUCUUCUUUUCUCAUCAUCCUGAAAAGUCUCUGGAGCUGAAAAGCAGCCCCAUAACAUGUUAUCACCACUAUGGCAGAUGGAAAAAGCCUGUUGAGCGGUUUGAUUGGCAUUUUGGUUUGUUUUUGAACAUUCCAGUCAAUGUUCUACCUGUCAAGAUUCUGAUUUGCAAAUCUGAUUCACCAAAUACUACAUUUCAGAAUGAUCUGGUAACAGUUUCGUAUAGAGGAGUCAAAGCAGGACGACUGAGAUUGUACAUUGCUUCUAUUUUCAGCAAAGCACGUUGAUUAAUUUUUACCACACAUGUACUAAUAAUGCAAGAAAUCUUUCAGGGUAAUUGCAGUAAUAAAGGUUUCCGUCAUAUCACAUUUGUGCAGAGCCAGAUGGGCCCCCAAAUACGGGUUAGCAGCCCAACCCAGCCUGCACAUCGGAGAGGAUAAAGAAAUGGCCCCACCACUCCCUGGCUGUAAUUCCCUGUCAGACAGCACUUCGGAACACACACCUCUCGGUCCUGAUGGAUAGAGACAGUGGAGAGCUUGAGAUAGUAGAUGAAUUGUUCACUCUGCUACUGAAAAGACUUUUUUUUUUAUUUAACUCCUUCUGGCAGGGAUAGAGAACAGAGCUUGUGUAAGAAAGAUUUUAGUUAAAUUUGGAAUGUGUCGUGCAUUUCAGCUGGUUAGGUAACACUGUUUCUGACAUGAGGCCAUAUCGGCAAACCCUUCAAUGUACUGGGCUGCUGUCCAGCGACGCGCUAACAUUCCUCCCCACUUUCCCAGUGAAAAUGCAAGCUGGGCAGAUAAGUGCUUAGACUGAGGUCAGAAGUUCUCAUCCCUAACCCUAAUUCCUCACUAUACUAUAUAUACAGCAAUAAGUCACAAGGACAAUCAACGACGAUUAACUUCUCAUGCUAUAAUGCUGUUGUCUAUUCUUAAAUGUAUUCUAACCACUUAUCCUGAGCAGGGUCUAAGUGAGGCGUGAAGCACGUCUCAUACACGAUGCCAGUCCAACGCAAGACAGGCAUAGAAACACUCAAUGUGGCUAGUCGAACUAGCCUAACAACGUGUCUUUGGACUUCAGGGAAAGCUACACGAGACAGAGAGAGCAUGCACACUCCGUGCUCUUCCCGGACGGAGGUGGGACCCCAAACCUGGAGAUGUGAGCCAUCAUGCCACUACAGGAAAAAUUAGCUCAUAUAUUUUGUCUGCAGCAAUAUGCAGGGAAAUUAAUUAAUAUAAAUUUUUUUCCUUUUGCUAUUCUUCUUUAAUCACAUUUGCAUUUAUGUAGAUUUGAAAAUGACAAUAUCUAAAAGAA